AUGUCCACCCCAGCAACAAGAACAGCAGUCGCGGCGGCAGCAGCAGCCACGACAACAACAGCAGCCGCGGCCGCCCCGUCCUACUUCCGCAUAACGCUCCACCGCUCGGCCAUCGGGCUGCCGGAGCGCACGCGCGGCGUCCUCGCGGCGCUGGGCCUGCACCGCCGCUGCCAGACCGUCUUCCACCCGGCCGAGCCGCAGUUCGCGGGCAUGAUCAUGAAGGUCAAGGAGCUGGUGCGCGUCGAGGAGGUCGGGCGCCGCCUGAGCGCCGCCGAGCUGCGCGCCGAGAGGACGCCCGACCGGGGGUUCUGGGUCGAGAGGAGGGCCGGGCAGUCAUGA